CGCCUCACAAUUCCGAAUAUCCCAGACAGACUCGCUCUUUUCUUGUCCUUAAAAACCACCAUAACAGGCGCCAAACGGUAAACUCUCCCCUGGUUGCUUCUCGGAUCUGUGGUUUCCGUCGCCGCCGCCCAACUUCGCCGGAUAUCUAUGCAUUCUCUCGCUGGAGAAGUCUCCCCUUCUUCAGUGAGAGAAAGAGAUUCUUGGUUUUGCCAUUGGAAGACUGUAAUUAAGCAAGAUGGUUUCCCGGGUUCUUUCUCGAGUCCAAUUUUCCAGCAAAAAGGAAACUUCAAGUGCAAGAAAAGGGAAGGUAAUGAAAAGAUCUGAUUCAUGUGGGUGUGGGAAAAAAGUACGAACUCGAUCAAGUUUCACUUUGAUCGAGAAAGGAUUGCCAUCGUCAUCGAAACGUAAAGCAGACAAGAAUCACUUGACUGAUGUGCAAUGGGUAGACAAGAUCCCAGAAUGUCCUGUUUUUUAUCCGUCUGCAGAGGAGUUCGAGGACCCAUUGGUUUAUCUGCAACAAAUUUCACCAGAAGCUUCUAAAUUUGGAAUAUGCAAGAUUGUGUCACCAUUGAAGGCUUCUGCUUCGGCUUCUGAUGUACUAAUGAAGGAGAAAAGGGGGUUCGAGUUUCGUACUUACUUGCAGCCUCUCUGCCUCUCUGGAUGGAAUGUCAAUGGCAAGGGUACAUACUAUGCAGGAGAAAGUAAUUACACUUUUAAAACUUUCGAGAAAAGGGCAAACAAAGAGUACGCUCAAAGAUUUCCUGGUUCAAGAAGUCUGUCUCCUCCGCAUUUGGAGAAGAAAUUUUGGCAAGCCAUGACUAAUGGGAAUCAAGGAAUGGUUGAAUAUGGAGUUAAUGUUGAAGGCAGUGCCUUUUCUUCUGAUCCAAAUGACCAGCUUGGCCAAAGCAAGUGGAAUUUAAAGACCCUGCCACAGCUACCUCAGUCUGCAUUGCGGUUGAUAGGAUACCCAAUCCCAGGAAUAACAGAUCCAAUGCUAUACAUUGGAAUGAUAUUCAGUAUGUUUGCCUGGCAUGUGGAAGAUCACUAUCUAUACAGCAUUAAUUACCAUCAUUCUGGAGCACCCAAAACCUGGUACUGUGUACCUGGAGGUGCAGCUCCUGAAUUUGAGAAAGUAGCACUGGAUCAUGUUUAUGCCCCUGAAAGCUUGCAUAAUGGAGAUGAUAUCGAUGCAUCUGAAAUUCUCUCUGAGAAGACAACAAUGUUCCCUCCCGGUAUCUUGCUGCAACACAAUGUUCCUGUUUACCGGGCAGUUCAGAAACCAGGAGAGUUUGUUGUCACCUUUCCCCGGUCAUACCAUGCUGGAUUCAGCCAUGGUUUCAACUGUGGAGAGGCAGUGAACUUCGCUGUCAAAGACUGGUUUCCAUGGGGGGCAGUGGCAGGCUACCAUUAUGCAACUCUUGGGAAGAUGGUGGUACUUCCUUAUGAGGAGCUUCUCUGCAAGGAAGCAAUUCUUCUUUCAGAUUUGGCAUCUGAAUCCUCAGUCAAGAAUUGCUUUGCACAACACAUUGGAUUCCUCCAGAAUGCUCUUCGGAACUUGAUAGAUCUAAAUGCAACCUCUAGCCCUUCACCAGAGUCGCAAGGAACCAUUCUCUGUCACCUCUGCAAACGAGACUGCUACUUGAUGUUCAUUGAAUGCAGCAGCUGCUAUCAUCACAUGUGCCUUUUCCACGAUGUGAAGUCAGUUGGUUGUUCAUGUUCUGGCACAAGGGUUGUAUUUAUCCGGGAAGACAUCCAGAAAGUGGAGGAUAUGUAUCGCAAACUUUACGAGCAAGAGGAAGAAGAAUGCCUCUCGCACUGAGUCAUUUAAUCUUCACUAACUUAGAAUCAGAGUUGAAACUGUAAUAAGUUUUGACACAACAG